CGAGCUGCGCUGCUGUACCACUGUACCUCACGCUGUGCCUCGCGCUCUCUGUGUGUUUGUGUGUGCUCGUGCGCGCGCUGAUAGGCUCACAGCUCGGUCCCGCGUUCCCGUGGUCCCGGAUCGGAUGUAGCCGCAGCGGAGGCAGCGCUAUGGAGGACUGCUGCUCCGCGGAAAGCGAGCGGGUGGAAGCGUGGCUGGACGACCACCUGGACUUCACCCACUCCUACUUUAUCCGGAAAGCCUCAAGGGAGAUGGUGAAUGCCUGGUUUGCUGAGCGCGUCCACAACAUCCAGCACCCUUCCUCUACUUCUGUGAAAGACUCUCCACCUCAGCAGCGCUCCCACCAGCCCUCCACGGACCCCGUCACUACCGCCUGCCCCACCAUCCUCCCGCCCACCCUCACACUCCUCGACAACCGCUGCCCAUCCCCUGCAAACACCGCCCCAAGCCCCGCCCCUGGCACACCUACCCGUAAGAUUUCUGCCUCCGAAUUUGACAGGCCCCUCAGACCCAUCGUGGUCAAGGACUCAGAGGGGGCCUUCACGUUCCUGAGCGACGCGGAGAGAGAGACGAUAAGGGGGCCAGCAAUGGGCGAGGGUGGAGGGGGGGUAGGGGGGAAGUGCAUGCGGGGGGGCGAGGGGGACCGGUGCGCGCGGCUGCUGGAGCUGGUCAAAGAGGUUUCCAGUCAUCUGGAUGUGACAGCUCUCUGCCACAAGAUCUUCCUCCACAUCAACGAGCUGAUCGCCGCUGACCGCUACUCCCUGUUCCUGGUGGGCGAGGACAGCUCUAACACUAAGUUCCUGGUGAGUCGGCUGUUCGAUGUUGCUGAGGGCUCCACACUGGAGGAGUCGUGUAGCAGCUCCAUCAGGCUGGAGUGGAACAAGGGCAUUGUGGGACAUGUGGCCGCCACGGGACAGCCACUCAAUAUCAAGAACGCUUAUGAGGAUCCCAGGUUUAACGCAGAAGUGGACCUCAUCACAGGCUACAAAACCCAGAGCAUACUGUGUUUGCCAAUAAAGAACCACAGAGAUGAGGUGGUUGGUGUAGCUCAGGCCAUCAAUAAGAAGUGUGGGGAGGACGGUGCGUUUACUGAACAGGAUGAAAAGGACUUUUCAGCCUACUUGGCCUUUUCAGGGAUUGUCCUCCACAAUGCCCAGCUCUACGAAACGUCACAGCUCGAAAACAGACGGAACCAGGUGCUGCUCGACCUGGCUAGCCUGAUCUUUGAGGAGCAGCAGUGUCUGGAGGUGUUACUGAGGAAGAUCGCGGGGACCAUCAUGUCCUUCAUGCAGGCCCAGGCGUGCACGGUCUUCAUUGCCGAUGAAGACUCUCUGAACUCCUUCUCCAGCGUCUUUCACAUGGAGUACGAGGAGCUGGUGGAUGUAAUGGACGUGCCAAAGAGGGACUGUGAUGUGGGCCAGAUAAACUACAUGUACGCCCAGUGCUGUAAGAACACCACACAACCACUCAACAUCAGCGACGUGACCAAGGACCAGCGCUUCCCCUGGACUCAGAGUGAAAACCCAGACCACAGUAACAUCAAGAGCCUGCUCUGUACGCCCAUCUGGAACAGCAAAAAAGACAAAGUUAUAGGCGUGUGUCAGCUGGUGAACAAGAUGGACGAAGCCUCAGGAAGCGUGAGGGCCUUCAACAGAAAUGAUGAGCAGUUCUUAGAAGCCUUCGCAAUUUUCUGCGGCCUGGGCAUUCAGAACACACAGAUGUACGAGACAGUGGAGCGGGCCAUGGCCAAGCAAGAGGUCACUCUGGAGGUCCUCUCAUAUCACGCCUCCGCAUCCGAGGAAGAGACGCGGGAACUGCAGGUAACCGCGGUAGCCACAAUCCCGUCGGCCCAGUCUCUAAAGCUCCUGGACUUCAGCUUCAGUGAUUUUGACCUGUCUGACACAGAGACCACACUGGGGGCUAUCCGCAUGUUUGUAGACCUCAACCUGGUCCAGAACUUCCAGAUGAAAUACACAAACUUGUGCCAGUGGAUUCUGAGUGUGAAGAAAAACUACAGGAAGAACGUGGCCUACCACAACUGGAGACACGCCUUCAACACCGCACAGUGCAUGUUCGCCCUCCUCAAGUCAGGACGCCUUCAGAAUAACCUGAGUGACCUGGAGAUCCUGGCUCUGAUGAUUGCCACCCUGAGCCACGACCUGGACCACCGAGGGGUCAACAACUCCUACAUCCAGAGGAGUGAGCACCCUCUGGCCCAGCUCUACUGCCACUCCACCAUGGAGCACCACCACUUCGACCAGUGCCUCAUGAUCCUCAACAGCCCUGGGAACCAGAUCCUGUGUGGGCUCUCCCUGGACGAGUACAAGGCCACUCUGAAGAUGAUCGAGAGGGCUAUUCUGGCCACCGACCUGGCGCUCUACAUGAAGAGACGAGGGGAGUUUUUCGAGCUGACCAAGAACAGUCAGUUUGUGUGGGAGGAUGAGCAGCACCGUGAACUGCUCAGAUCGAUGUUGAUGACAGCGUGUGACAUCUCAGCCAUCACCAAGCCCUGGCCUGUGCAGAAACGGAUUGCUGAGCUGGUGGCCACAGAGUUCUUCGAGCAGGGCGAUAAGGAGAGAGAGGAGCUGAAGAUCGAGCCGAGUGACCUUAUGAAUCGUGAGAAGAGAGACAAAAUUCCCAGCAUGCAGGUGUCUUUUAUUGAUGCCAUCUGCACUCAGUUAUAUGAGACAUUGGUGGGCAUGUCAGAGCACUGCAGCCCCCUGCUGGAGGGCUGUCAGAGGAACAGGCAGCACUGGAAGCAUUUAGCAGAGGAAUGCGAGAAGGGCCUGGUGAACGGGCUGGUGUGAGCCGCCACACCCACAAGUUCAUGGUUUCAUCUGAAUGAAUGUCAGGAGGGCAGCAUGGUGUGCGGAACAACCUCUCUAGCAUCACAAGUCACUGCUAUUAGUUAUGAUGUCUUUGCUGUACUUAAUCUUGCAACGGUUUGGUGGUAGGGACAUUUCUCUACUAAUCUGUUUGGUGUAUCAGUUUCACAUAGCCUCUGUGAAUGUGUCAGCUUCAGAGGUGGGUAGUUCUGAUUUUAUUUGAAGUUAAUGAAAUUUGAAGGGCAAUACAUUAAAUAAUGCACAAAAGCUGAUAUUUAAAGUACUCUGAAAAGUGCAAUUACUUUAAAAAGUUACUCACUAAUCACUUAAGUAAAUUGUACUUUUCUAGCAGUAUACUUUUACUCCUACCUGAGCACUUACAGUACUUGAGUAAAAGUUUUCAUUCCUCUUCCCACUGAGUCUACAAAUGACAAAAGCUUUAUGAUGAUAUGAAAUGAUAUCAUCAUAAAGCAAUUUUUUUUCAAAUGUUUGUGUCAAUCCUUUGAAAAUAGCUGAUCUUGUGCAUCAUUUGUUCGGUCCUUCAAAUUACAUUCACUUUAAUUAUAAACCAGAUGUUACUCUUUACGUUACACUUACUUAAUUUUUUUACUUUCUUGGACCGCUACUUUGUACUUCUAGUUGAUUAAUAUUAUUUUUGAAGUAAUGUUACUCCUACAAUUACACUACAACUACACACUAGCCAGUGUGAGUGGUGGCACUAGGAGAGGAAAUCGGCACAGAAAAGCAGCCACACCUGUCAGUCUGCCCCAAGGUAGUUGUGGCUAUGGAAGUCACUUACCACAGCUAGCGUUAAUGAGGGGUAAAUAAUAAUGUUGUAAAAUUGUUUAAAUCUGGUACAUUCGAAUUGAUUUUAGUUUUGAUUUGAACCGAAGCUCCGUUGCUUGUUCCCCACACCAUGCUCACAUCUUCAGCCCCGUCUCCUUGGUCACUCUUGUUUGUACAACUGUCACUUUUUCAGAGACAAUAACCAAGUCAGCACUAAGCUAUAUUUAUUAUCAGAGCGAUGUUUUAUUUUUGCACCGAGUGGCUUUAUUGUAAGCUUUCUCACACAGGAAGUGAUGUCAGCAACGCCAUAUUUACUCUAUACCUUUCACACUAACAGCUUCAUGUCACAGCGCACACUACUGGGGUGGAGUCUUUUGUACCAUGUUCACUCAUUGUCUUGACUAUUGCAUAUUUAUUUGGUUUGAUAUAUUUAUUAUUAGUUUGUAUCUUCUCUUGUGGAGAGCACAUAGUUCCCUCUGUAUUUAAAGUUGAAGAAACAUUGAACAACUCUUGAAAUGUACUGUACGUUUUUGCCAUGUAAACGAGCCAAAGACUAGGCCUAUGCUUUCACUAAUGGGUCUAGCUUUUUCCACUGCCUUGUUGUGAUAAAAAGGACCAAUAUAUUCAAUUAAAGAAGGAAUUUGAA